CUGAAGAAAGAGGUUACAGGACGAUUUUUGAGGUUUAACUUUAACAUAGGUUUAUACGCGGUUAGGACUUUUCUCAACGAAAUGCUACAGCCAUGCUUAACGUUACAGACUUAAGCUCAUUCGACUGAUUGUGUUAUUGGUAAACAAUCAAGUGCUUAAUCAUAAUGCAUGCAUUUUUGUUUCAUCAUUUAACACCGUUAACCGCCAGGCCACAUGACAACAAUUCAUAAUUGUGGCGGAUCCAAGUAUCCCCAACCAAUAUUGAAUUCAGCAUCCUCACAUGCAUUUUUUCACAAUAAGAUCAAUUUUGAUGCAUGCAUACACCUACUACCCUGUAGCUGACAUCAUGAACAAGGACGUCAAAGACAUCCAAACAAUAGACCCUGUCUGGAAACAGAUGACUGAGAAACUGUGUGGAGACUUUCAAAAGUCAGGAGGAGAAAUGAUUGUAGUUGCAAGCCAGCCCCUAAGACAGAUGUAUGCCUGCUGUACAUCCAAUGCAAGGGAACCAAUGCUGAAAAACUUCAAAACCUUCAAAGAAUGCUUGCAAAUUCCACCAAGAUCAUCCAAGCCAUCAUUAGUCUUAAAGAAGGCAGCUAAGAGAAAUUGUUCCUUGUGCUCAGCAGUCUGUGAAGAGCAAGAUAUGAGAGACUGCAAACCAGAGGAUGCCAAGUACGUACUGGGCAUUGACGUUCCACAGAAUAGUAGAAUAUGCGGAGACUGUUCAGACAGUAUACGAAAGUACCAGGAUUUCAAGAAAAUGGUCAUAAGAAAACAAAACAGCUCAAAGAUUAACUCCGAUGAAAAAGCAGUUUCUACAACCCCAGAGAAGGUAACACCAGAGAAUAAAAAUGUGAUUCAAAAACCUAUGAGUGAAGUACAUGUAGUUAAGGAAUGUGAAAAUGACAGUGAGAGUCAGUAUUCAGAUGAAUAUUGCAGCAUUGAUUCAGAUAUGUCUGGAGAAAUGGAACAUCAUGAGAAGUUAAAAGAAGCAGAGAAAUGUGACAAAAAGAAACAAACCACAAUUUCUGCAAAAUCGGAAAUCAAGCAAAGUAGACCUGUCACGAGAUCAAGUUUGAGAGAAACCAAAAAACAAAAUGAAUCAAAACAGAUUGUCACCAAGAAACGUAAAGAAGUAUCCCCAGUUAGUGAGGUUACAAGGCCCAUCAGGAAAAAAAUGCCCUUAAUUUUGUCUAAGAAGAAUGAAGCAGAAACCAAAAUGCCCAUAGGAAAUGAAAACCAAAAUUUGACCCAGAGGGUAUCAAAAUAUUGCACACCUGCUAAAACCAAUGUUGAACCUAUGAAAUCAAAUACCAGCAGAAAGACAAGAUCCAGCACGGGGACUCCUGAAAUCAGUAUCCCAGAAAAGCAGAAAGCCCUAAGCUCUUCAGGGUUGAGUAUUGAAAGACAAAAAUCUUCUCCCAGACUGAUAGCGCCAAAACCCAUUGGAUCAAAUUCUUUAUCAAGUUUGGCAGCAGCAGCAGCUUCUAUUGAAGAAGCAGGUUCAGUAGAUGAAAAGGUAUCAGUAAAGAAAACACAAUUGUCAAAUGCAUCAGAAAAGCUGAAAAUUACCUGUACAGCAUCUGGUUCUUUGAAAGAUACUAGUACUUCAUCCAGUGUAAACCUGAUUUUGGUUGGGGGACCAGAUCAAUUUCAGCUUGUUCAGCCAUUGACAGAAAAAGGACCAUUAGCUCUUGAUGAGAUGGUAGUUUUAUCCAACCACUUGCAGUCACAGUCUGAGGGAAUCACUAAUCCACCCGCAGCUACUCAUCAAACUGGAAAAAUUUCGAUUCCAUCGUGUGAGUCAGACCUGUUCAGCAUAUCUUCCAUAGUUCCUAGUUUGCUGGACAAGUCCAAGAGCUCAUCGACAGUCCUGACAACUGCAUCAACUAGUGUUGUUUCCACUCCAGAAAGACCAUCAGCCAUGAAUUCUGUUGAACAAAACACUGCUGAAAAUACAUGUAAUUAUACAUCUUCAGGAAUGGUCAAAAUUUUACCACCUCAGACAAAUUCAGACUACAAAUUACCAACCAAGCAGUCUUGUAAACCUGGGGAACGUCCUUUAGCUCGAAAGAUAAAUGUUUCGAAAGAUUCAGAAGAGAGAAUUGCUGGCACAUUGAAAAGUGCAAAAGCGGCACAAGCAGUUCCAAUUUCAACACCUCUUCAAACUGUAGUAAUCGUUGGUGCACCAAACUUGAUGACACCUGCACUCAAUGCAAAUAAUGCUGGUUUAAUGCUUUCAUCCUCACAAGUUCUUACACAAACAAUAUCAACAUCGCAAUCGUUAUUUGGGAACACUGUUGCCAUAUCGUCAAAUUCUGAAACAAAACCAGCCAAUCCUAUGCCUGCAUUAUUAAAUUCAGGAGUAAAACCAGCCAAUCUUAUGCCUGCAUCAUCAAAUUCAGGAACAAAACCAACCAAUCUAAUGCCUGCAUUAUCAAAUUCUGGAACAAAACCAGCCAAUCCUAUGCCUGCAUCAUCAAAUUCUGGAACAAACUCAGCCAAUCCUAUGCCUGCUUUAUUGAAUUCAAUAACAAUACCAGCCAAUCCUACGCCUGUAUUAUUGAAUUCAGGAACAAAAGCAGCAAUGCGCCGUUUCCUUCUUUGUCCUGAAAAGAAACAAAUCAAGAAGAAUACAGAUGUAGUGAACAGAAGUGACAAGGAAGAGAAAAACAAAACCAGUUUGUCAACAGGAGCUGGAACUAAAAGUACACUCACAGUUUCUACAGCUUCAACACAAAAAGAAAAAAAGUCUCUUGAUGAAAAAGCGACCUUGUUUAAAAUAGGCGAUGUUUAUUAUCAGUUAGUUGUGAAAGAUGGCAAGCAAUUCUUGGUACCAAAUGGACAACAACUGCUUAUUGGUCAAUCAGAUGUUCCUGCUUCACAGCAGAAGAAAAUUGCAGAGUUAGGGACAGGAAAGAAUAUUUCAAACUCAUAUAAAAGAAAGCUGAUUGGAGAGGAAUACCAUAUAGUUAACCCGUUGGCUAAAGCAUACCAAAACAAAAGACCCAAAACAUCACAUGUAAAGGAAGAAAAGAAAGAAUCAACUCAAGAUUUAACUCCAGAAUCUGAGAGUGACCCAGAAGAAGUAACCACUGAGGAAGAGCAAGAGAGACUGAAUAAAAACACACCCAAAUACAAGCUACCUGGAAAACAGGGCGAUUCUCUAUCAGAUAAAUCUCAGACUUCAGUGGUUGAUCAUGAAUAUACUGGGAGGCGAGAAGUAAUUGGCCCUGUGGAUUGCCUUAAAUGUGAUUUCUUUGCAACAUACUGGAGAACUAUGGCAGAUCAUAUGAGGAAGCACAACAUGAAGAGAUACUGCAUCAAGUGCAACAGCUUCAUGACCACCAGAAAAUUUCCAUCUCACUGUUGUAAGCGAAAGUCAUUAAGGAAAGCAAGAAGACAAACAUGUUUAGUCUGUUCUAAGCUGGCAAGUAAUGCUGUUAUGUUGUUCAAACAUUACAGAAUAAAUCAUAAAUCAGAGAUUGAGAAACAUGGCCACUGUAAUGCUCUAUACAGAAGUGUAAGAUCCCAAAGCGUCUUUGUUUGCAAAGGAUGUUUAAAUGUUGAAUAUUCUGAGCUCAACAUGUUAAGCCAUGUGAAGAAAGUUCAUAUCUGUGUACCCAGUGAAAGAACAAACUCCUUCAGUCAUCUGCUUCACAAAAAUGAACCAGUCUGUGCUUGCCCGGUGUGCUGGCUUCACUUUCCUGAGAGAAAACACCUUGAUUACCACUUGAAUGUCUUCCAUGUCGACAAAGAUAAACAUAAUUGUCAUCUGUGUAAAGAAAAAUUUAACAGUAAAGAUGACUUAGUCAAUCACUACUCUACCCACCAGCCCAACAUUAAGUACAGCUGUGGAAUCUGCAAAGAGUUCAUAGAGCCCAUGAGUUGUCUACAGGAAGUUAUAAAUCACAGAAACGCCCUCCAUCCAACCAACAGUCUUCAUGCUCUGCUGUUAUGCCCAAUGUCUGGUUGUAACGAGAGCUUUGAUGAAGAUACAGAAUUUCUGCAGCACAUGACCCAUCAUGAGCUAGGACAAAAGUACAAACACAAAUGCUCGAAAUGUGAGUUUAGCACCUCCUCUGAGAAUAUCUCUGCCAGGCACGUUGCAAAAUUCCAUUAUGAACCAGAAAGGCGAUGUAACAUAUGCACAAAGCGGUUUAAAACACCAUCAGAACUUGAUACUCAUCUGGAAAAGCAUGAUAAAGAGAUGUAUAUAUGUGAGUAUUGUGGAAAAAUCAACUCCAACAGUUCGCUGCACAGCCAGCAUAUGAAGAAGCACAGGGAACGAAUGAAACCGAACACUCUUUUCUGUGAAGUGUGUGGUGAAGGAUUCAGGGCAGAACCGUACUUAGCCAAGCAUAUGUUUGUCUAUCAUCCAGAAGUCAAACACAGCAUAGUGCCAACACAUUUCCCGUGUAUCUAUUGUGAUCACAACAGUUUGUCUUCAGUGGCCUUUCGGCAGCAUAUGUCCUCUCACAGGAAGAUAAACCCGUACCUUUGCAGUUUUUGUGAUAAACGCUUCUGUGAUAAGAACCUGUUGAAAAAACAUUUAAUUAAACAUAAGCAAGGAAUAAGUAAGAAGUUUAGGUGCUUUGCAUGCCAUAUUGAUAGAGAGCCCCAUGACAUGAGGACUCACUUGCAAGGAGAACCCCACAAAAACAACUGUCAAUUAGCUGGCAUCGAUGUUCAAAAUUACAAUCAGGACCUUUUAAAUGCAAUACCUUCCAAAUCAGAGAUGCUGGAACGACCAAGAAAUUCAGAUGAUGAAAAAAGUUACGUAGACCGGUGCGUGAAGAUCCAUGAGGACCAUUGUCAGAAAGCAGCACGAGUGAUAGCAGAAAGAGAGACUUACUCAGUGAUGAUGUCGGACGGACAGGAGCUUCAGAUUGACAUGCAGUCUAAUAAUGCCCAGUGCCAAGAGUGUGGCUUGGUGUUCAAGACCGAUGCAGAUCUAGAAGAGCACAGACGUUUUGUCAAACGUAUAGGUUUCAAAGCACUUAGAAACAAUUUCACCUGCCAGGUUUGUGACAUCUAUCUCUUUGGUAAGAUAACUGUUGUGGAGCAUGCUGGCACUGAGAGGCACAUCGAGCUUUGCCAGAGGAAGGGAAUCGACCCUGGUGAUGUUCUGGACAAGAAUAAGAUUCCCAACAAGUUGCGCAUAGCUAAAAGAAAAAAAAUUUCAAGGGAUGGGUAUAGAUGCAAGAUUUGUGAUAUCUAUUUAAAAAGUAAAGAGAGUAAGGAUUCACACAUUGAAAAAGCAUUCCAUGUCGAUAAGUGUCAAGAGCUUGGGGUGGAUCCUGCUGGGGACCACUUUGAAGAUUACAAUGAUGAAAAGAAGUUGAAGAAAAAGGUUAAAACAUGGCAACAGGAGCGGGUGAAGAAACCUAAAGAGAUGAAAAGGGAUAAAGUAAUCACAACAAGGAAGAAGAGACGAGUCAUGAUUGAACUCCAAGGUGUGAAAGUUCCUAAAAUGGUUGCCUUUGGCUGUCUGGUGUGCGGUGUAGAUUUGAGUGACAGGACUCAAACCAUAGAUCAUCUGAACACUUCAAAACACAUCAUAAACUGUGUAUGUAGAGGAAUUCAUUCGGGUCCUGCUAAUCUUAAAAUCAUAAUGGAUGAUUAUCAUUCAGUGAUUGGGAAAUCCAUAGCAGAACUUCUAGGAAUCCCCUCUACUACCACGUUCCCGCUAUCAGAGACAGACAAAACGCUUUAUCAGAAACAGAUACAAGAGGCAGAAUCUGCAAAAACACGGAAAAAGAGGAUUUCAGUAGAAGCAACAAAAACCCUUGAGAACACCAUCGACCUCCUAGAGAAGAAGCUGUUCAGCCCUGGCACUUUGAAAACAGUAUCGCCACAGAAACCAUCACGAAGCUAUACACAGGGACAGCCAAUCUCCAGUGGUGAUAUAUCGACCUCAAACAAUUCACAAAAUGACGUUUAUCAAUCGAAUUCGGUUUCCUUUAAUGUUGCUAUUCCUAUGUACCAAGGUACAUUCGUGCCACCGUCACCAAGUAGCAAAAAGAGGCCGGCAGUUCGCAACGUACCUAUGCAGAGUGUGAUCGACGAGGGACAAGUGAUAGCGGAGGACCAGAUUCUCUAUGAUGACGUCACAGAGGUGCCCGAUAUCUCUCAGAACACGGCUUUAGUAGCCUUUGGCUCAGAAGCAGCAAAUUUAGACUCGUUCAAGUAGUUCUCAAGAAUUUUAAAUUUUCUUUGUUAAUUAAACGUUACAUUGUUUAUUAUUGGAUAAAUCUUAUUGGAAAGAUUUGGAAUUUUCAACCAUUAUAAUUAUAAUGGUAAAACUCAAAAUGCAUGCAAUAGAAGAACAUUUAGACUGAUUUUGCUUCUACAGAAUAAGCUUUAUUUUGACAUUCUUUUCUAUUUCGAUAGAUAAUGAUUGUUUUGUUCAUUACUGUUUGCGAACUAUUUGUUAAGGAGUUCAUUCAUUUGAUAAUUGCCGGAAACACUUGUAACAUAUGUCCAGUAUCGCAAAAGGUUAUUGCGAGACUUGUCACAUGCACGAAGUUUUUGGCUGUCUUCUAGGCUUGUUGUAAGUUUUGUUUUAUAUAAUCAUUUUGUUCAAUUAUCUGUACAAUAAUAAAGUAUUACCAUGACUUGAA